AUGGAUUCAACAUCGGAUUUCAUAUCUUGUAUGCGUCCUAAUUCAAUUCGGCCAUAUAAAAACGGCCAGUCUAUGUGGUCCUUGAAAAUGGCUAUUAGAUACACAUUUAAUACAACUCAAGAUCAGCAUACUCGAGAAUCAUUAAUCGCACAUUCAAUUAACGAUCUUUGUGCUCUCACCAUGCUAUAUAUUUUUUCUUUUUGUAAAAAAUUUGACUUUCUUGAAAGGAACUCUAUGGAUACAUCUACUUCCACUUCGAUUAUUCACCAUGAAUAUACUGCUCUACCUUUAUACUUGAUCUUGUCUGAUAGUCAUGGAAACAAUUUACCGUCCACAAUUAAAACACCGCAUUAUCAAAUUACCACUCGAUCAAUAUCGGGUCUUCAAUGGAUGAACACAUAUAACCAAACCUUAUGUACACAAACUGUACUUAAUUCACCAUCAAUACCAUCGAUUUUAUCAUCCGCUACAAGGGUGUUGUUUUUCAUUGGGACAAAUUCGGUCCGUUCGAUGCCUGUGUUACGAAUAAUACAACAAGUCGAAGCAAUCGUGAAUAUGAUACGUUUAAAUCAUCAUCAUCAUAUUGAUCAUGUCGAUAAAAUUACUAUCGCUGCUACCUUUCCUUGUUUGAAAGUAUCAUCUCGAUUUCCAACGAUUGAUUUACUAUUAAAUAACAUCAAUUUGUACAAUCAACAGUUACAAAUAUUAUCGCGUCGACUUGAAUUUUCUUUUAUCAACUUUCAUAUUACUCCAGAACAUCUUCAUCGUGAUCAUCUACAUUUACAACACCAAUAUAACAACAUUCUUCAUACCACGAUUGUUCAGUAUUUUGAUGCUAUCAAAGCCAAAUAA